AUGACUGUGACAGAUGGGGUUCCAAAUAUUGAUGAAACCACCUAUUAUUCGGUUCUGGGCUUAACGUCCAAAGCCUCAGUUUCUGAGAUUAGAAAAUCUUACAUGAAAUUAGCCAAAUCAUUACAUCCAGAUAAAUCUAAAUCGAAUGCAUCCGAAGAAUUAUUUAAAAUUGUUUCCAAUGCACACUCCAUUCUGAUAGAUCCUGAAUUGAAACUUGAUUACGAUAAUACCUUAUUAAGAACAGGCCUAUACACUUAUAAACCAUCUGUAAGCACACAAUCUUCAAAACCGAACAAUACUUCAUCAAAUAAAACACAGAACUCAUCGCCUUAUCAUACGUCAAACUCGCCUACAAAAUCACAUACAAAAUACUCCACAAAUAAUCAAUAUUUUUCAUCAUAUAAUACUAAAAUACAUACGGAGCAUUAUAACAAGCAUAAUCCACAUUCCUAUAAGAAACAUACUAAACCAGUCGAUAUUCCAAAUUAUAAUUCUAAAAGAAAAGCUCAACCAUAUGAAAAGCAGCCUUAUGGAUUCGGUACUACUUCAAAUAUUAAACCUCAAUCCAAAACACAUGAUAAACCUCGACCAAAAGCACAUGAUAAACCUUCUCAAACUAAUAGUUAUUCUACACAUUCUAAACCAGCAUUUAAUUUAAAAUCCUAUGAAACGAGAAAUAAAACAAGUAUCCCAACUAAGAAAAUGGAAAAGGAAUCUAAUAAUAAGAACGAUAUACUAAAUGUUAAUGGAAAGAAAAGUACAAAAGAUUUCUUAAAUGAGACAUUAAACAAUUCGCAUUCAUCACAGCCUAAUGUCACGGAACCUACAAAUAGAACAAGACCAUUUCUUGAGGAAAUUGAAGAUGAAGCAAUUACAUCAAUGAAAUUUAAAAAUCCCAAAGUUACUUCUACUGAGAACAAGAAUAAUGCUGUUAAAUUAAACCUAAAUGGAUUUUCAAGUCAGAGAUCACGUCAUUAUGCAAGAACAAAAUCUGAUAAUUAUAAUUAUAAAAAUACUAGGAAAUCCAAAUCACCUACCAGGAUUAAAUCCACAGAAAUUACCGGGAAUUGGGAUAACUUAAAGGAAAUUCUGGAAAAAUUAAAUAAAGAGACUAGUAGUAUUAAUAAAACAGAUCAAAACUCUCAUUCAGAAUUAAAUUUUCGAAGUGGACUUUCAGACUUUCAACAAAUCCAGAAUUCUUUACCUUCCUCAGAUGAUCAAGAUAAAUCGUUUAAUAUGAACGAAAUGUUUGAUUUACUUGUAGAUGAACUACCAGGCCCUAAGAGACAGAAAAUAUUUAGCGGACUCUCCAAUAAUGAAGAAUCUGAUUCAGAAGUGUUACUUUCCAACCCAAUAAAUCGCACAUUACCACAUGCUUAUAAACCCGAAUUCAUACCAUUAGAACAAUACAAUAUCGACUUGGAUUUAGUCGACAUACCGAUACCCCAUCCUCCUACUGCUUUCAAUUUAGAUACAAGUAGCAUUACAAAUAUUGAAAAUUAUAAGAAACAAGUCAUUGAAUUUCAUGAAACUUGCAAUGCAUUAAAAACUGAAAUUCUUAAACGACAAUUAUUAAGAAUUAAUAGCGAAGAUUUUCUUCUUGAAAGAUUAGUUAGAAUAGAAAAUUGUGAGAAUUGGAUAUCUUCUCAAAAUUAUGAUUUACAUCUACUAGCUAAGUUAACUGAAAUUCAAAACGUACAAAACGUAGUUUCCAUUGAAUUUAAUAAUUUAAUGAAAAACCUGUCUGGCUUGACCAAUUAA